UUUACCCAUGGAGAUUCGGCUGCUGGCUUGGUGUCCAGUUCAGGCUGGAUAUUCGCCCAAAUUGACAAGCCCCAUAAAAACUUUCAAGUAUUUUUUUCCAAGAGGAAGCUUGAAUAUUGAGCUCAUGAAUGAAGCCGCUGAACACCUUAUCGGGAGAAACGACUUUAGAAAUCUUUACAGCAAGGAGACAGUCAAAGAUCUUGGUAGUGUCAACAGGAACAUAAUCUCGUCUACUGUCUUGCCAACUUGCUGUGACCUUAAGGCUCUCUACAGCGAAUCCUUAGAUUGCCAGUGUGCCAGCAACCCUAAGGAAAAGGAUAGUGAGCCCAAGGAAAAAGUCAUACAGAAGCCAGCCCGAGGAGAUCAAAGGAGAGGGAAGCGCCUUGAAAACGCUCCUGAAGUAACACUCAAGAGAGCAGACGAUAAGGAUGUAGGGGGUCAGAGUAAUAGAGAGGGAGGAUAUGACAUGUGUGUGGCAACCCUCAAGGGAGAGGACUUCCUGAGCGAGGAAGUGAGGAAGAUCAUGGCACUGCUCUUCAGCGUGGGAGUGGGGAAGGCAGAGCCGGAUUCUGUUGUGGCACUGUUGGAUGCUAGCAAACAGCCAAGAAAGAAACAGCACUUGAUUACAAGUGAAGUACCACUGGUCCUCUUCAAAACAGUUUACGAAGAAGAGGGCUGGCACUGGGAUAGCAAAGCUCUGCGGCAGGUGAUUUCACAACUUCAGGCUUUCUGGAUGCAGCAGGCUGUUCGAGCCAGUGCUAUGAGACACAUCCUUAAGGACCUGGAGAACCAGUACUCCAUCAUCUCCAGAAAAGAUAUAGUUGAUCCUCUACCUCAGGAUCAGUGCGAAAAUUUAGUUGGCAAAGACUCCUCCUCAGUGUUUCAGAUUGUUGCCAAAACCACUCAGAAUGAUCAUGAGUACUCCACAUCCAAGCCCAGUGCAGCUGGGAAUGACAACAAAAAUCAAGAUGAGGCGGACUUCAACCACACUGCCACCCUCCUGUUGAUCGAAUUCAUCCGCCAGAGAUUCCAGAGGUUCCUCCUGAUACACUCCCGUGCAGCGGUGUACAAGGAGGUGCAGGAGGAACUGUGUUUCAGGGGCUUUUCCUUUACCAUCGAGAAGAUCAGGAGGAAGUGGAAUAACCUGAUCACCACGUACCGGAGGAUAAAGGAGAAGAACAGCGAAGAUCCGAAAGUCAAAAUAAUGUGGGAUUACUUCCAGCUAUUGGAUGACCUUUUAGGAACAACAGUUCUCACUGUGCCACCAGAAUGUGAUGUUCAAAGUGGUAAUAGCAGUGGCAGUAAAGGUCCUGUAUCACCCCAGUCUACCCUCCAAACUGAGGAAGUGCCUCUGACAAAACCAGCCUCCCCAGCAAAGGCAUCGGCCCCUUCAAAACUUGCUUCAACACCCACUAAAGCCCAUUCUCCAGAGAAGAUGGAGGCAGUGAAAAAUUCCCAGGUCUUCCGUCCGAAUGUCCCUAUCAAGUCUGAAGAGAGAGCCGAACCACCAGUUAUCCACAUAGUGCAGUCUUCAGCAGGUACAACACUCACUGUGCCUCCAAGGUCACCCAGUGCACCCGUGCAUAGUGAAAAGACAGUUGUGCUGCAGACCUCAACGCCGAGAGUAGAGAAGGUACAAGUCAAUGGCAAGGCGUCUGACCCAUCCACAGUGUUCCUCGAAUAUCAGAUUGAGCAAGGGGAGCGGCGAUUGGAUGUCAUGGACGAAUAUUUUGAGUACAUGAAGGAAAGGUUGACAAAGAAAAUGGAGUACAAACGGGAGAAAGCCCUAAGGGACAGCAAGAGUAUCAAAGUGCUUCGGGAAAUUGGAGAUGCUUCUGAAAACCUGAAGAAGGGUUUGCUGGAAGUGAAAGGCUCUUGAGGGAAUAAAAGCAAUUGGAGAGUGUUAGUGGCUGUGUGAGAAAUGUGAUAAUUUUAUCUGUUAAUGUUGUUCAGUGGUUGUUUUCCAGUGAAAUGUAAGUUUAUAGAUAUGUAAAAUUUCUAGAGUGGAUUUUUCUUAUUGAUAGUCAUCAUAUAGGUAAAUUUUUGCAAAAUAAGAUUUGCAGUUUUUGAAGCUGAAAAAAUCUAGAAUCACAAAUUGCAUAGAUAAUUAUUACAUAGAGCAAAUCUUCAUAAGAAAGACUGUUGAUCAGACCACUGUGGUGCCUUCUAAAGACUGACAAACUGUGUUUUUAUUUAAUUUUCUCAUCUCCCUUUUUCAAUUAGUGCAGUUCUCAUGAAACCUAGUCAGCUAAUAAAUAAACAGUCUGGUAAAUUUCAGUUUAAGACUUAUUCUUAUUCCUUUAUAGAUCUGUACCUGAUGUUAUAGUGUAUACAUGAGUAAAAUCAAUAAUAGUUUCAGUAGUAAUAUUAGAUAGUUAUAUCUAGAAUAGUUGUUAAUCUUUAAGUUUAUUUGUUUCAGUAGUGUAAUAAAUUUAAGAAUAUUUUUUCAACUAAAUUGCUAAGUUAAGAUAGAUGUAAUUCUGAUACACUCUUGUUCAAUCAGAAAGCAAUGCUUCUGAAUAAAUAUAUUAGAAUUUCACAUU